UACACAGAUCAAAAUGAGAAUGAAACCAUCAGAGGAGCGUUCAAAGAGCAGACACACAGUUAGUGCAUUCAUUCUGCUGUUCAGAAUCUUUGAGCCCAUCUGAUAGUCGACCCUUGCGCAGCUAUGGCCACUGCUGUCUGUCAGCUGUCGGAGGACCAGUUCUGCUGCUCCAUCUGUCUGGAGGUGUUCACCGACCCCACGUCGCUCCCGUGCGGCCACACCUUCUGCAAAACCUGCAUCGAGCGGUACUGGACCACGGGCACGGCUGUUCACAAUUGUCCCUACUGUAAACACGUGUUCACAACAAAACCAGAACUCAAAGUCAACAUUUUCAUCUCGGAAAUGUCCAAUCAAUUCAGGCAAUCAAUUCACCGCAAUUAUAAGACGCAGCAAGAAGCGAAACCAGAAGAAAUAUCAUGCGACGUUUGCGAGGAUCCCAAAUCAAAAGCGCAAAAAUCGUGUCUAGAUUGUUCAGUUUCUUAUUGUGGCGCACAUCUCAAACCGCAUCACACCGUCCCCGCGCUGAAAAGACACACUCUGACAGAACCACAAACACAUUUAGAAGGAAAACUUUGUCCAGAACACGGUAAAGUCCUGGACGUGUACUGUGAGAACGACGACACGUGCAUCUGUGCGCUGUGUGUGCAUCGCCACAAACGUCACAAGGUGGCGCCACUGAGGGAGGUGUCUGAACAGAAGAGGCAGCAGCUCAUGAGGACCCAGAGUGAAAUAGAGAGACUGAUCCAGACGAGACAGAGCAAGAUACAGGAGCUGCGCCUCACUGUGGAGUUGCCAAGCGCAGACUCUGAGCUCUCGGAGGGGCUGAGGGUCUUCUCCGCUCUGAGGGACGCCGUGGACCGAGCGCUGGAGGAGCUGUACAGGGAGGUCAGUGAGAAACAGGAGGCUGUGAGGAGCCAAACUGAAGACCAGAUCCAAGAACUGGAGACGGAGAUCUUUCAGCUGCAAGCCAGAUUAAUACAGGUAGAACAACUUACUCAAUCAAACAACCAUCUACAAAUCCUCCAAAACUACAAGAAGCUGCGAUUAACUCCUCAAAUGCAGGACUGGACCAGCGCUCGAGCCAGUCCACCAACGUUUGAGGGAAUCGUGGUGCAAGCUUUGUCUAAACUCGAGAGAGAAUUCAACAAAACAACCCAGAAGAUGUUUGAAGAAGAGCUUAUGAGAGUGAGGAGAUUUGAAACUCUGAUCACACUGGACGGAGACACGGCUCACCCUCAGCUCGUCGUGUCCCAAAAUGGCUUCCAGGUCAACUACAGCAUCGAACAGCGAAGAGUACAAAACAGCGUGAAUAGAUUUGAGGAUUUUUUUGUUUUAGGAAAGCAAAGUUUCAGGGAAAAUUUUUACUUCGAGGUUGAGGUGAGAGGCAAAACGGAGUGGACAUUAGGAGUGGCGAAAGAGACGUUGAACAAGAAGGGGGCGCUGAAACUAGACCCUCAAAAUGGCAUCUGGGCGAUCAGUUUGAAGGAUAAAAACAUCUUUGCGUGCGCCGAUCCGGAAAUCCCUCUCUUUCCAAAGGCUAAACCGGAGAAAAUAGGAGUUUUUGUGAGCUAUGGCGAGGGUUCAGUUUCAUUUUAUGAUGUAGAAAACGCCGCGCUGGUUCACUCCUUCUUGGGCUUCUGCUUCAGACAGAGGCUUCAGCCGCUUUGCAGUCCCGGAAACUACUCUUAUGGCAACUUCUCCCCUCUCGUUGUGUGUCAAAAUUCUCCCAGUGCAAGAAGGAUGACAUGGCCGGUGCAAUGGGCAACUAUAGGGUAGAUUAUAGGUAUUCUCACAACUCAUGAUUUACAGGUCGAAUCUGUCUUUGAGGUGACAGUGGCUCAGUUGGUAGAGCAUUCGUCCACUGAUCUUAUGUGUGAAUGAGUGAGUGGUUUCUUCAUCUGAAGUGCUUUGAGUGACUUGAAGGUGGAGAAGUGCUGUAUAAAAAUGUGAUCUUUUAUAUAAAUACAUUUUUUCCCAGUACUUUUUUUUGCAUAAGUAGUUGUUAUUCCAUGAACUCCAGUACAGAUGUGCUCUGCAUGAAAUGUAUCUAUAAGGAACUACUUCAAAAACUGCCAGAAUAUCUCACCUGCUUGUUCAUCAUUGAUACGGGAACAUUUAAUCCGAGAUCACAUGACUGCAUAAGGACGAGCUGCACCAAAACUGAGACGGGAGAGAGGCUUUUGGCUGUUUUGCAUCACUAAAAUGUAUUACACUCCAAGGAAAAGCAAAACUGGAUACUUUGGUGACACAAUCGCAAUUUAAUAAUCUGGUAACAAACUUUUAUACACACACCUGCUCCUGUUUUUAAUGUUUUAUAUGGACUUAUAUACUGGUUUGUAUUGUAUUUUAAACAGGGCAGCAAUGAAAAAGAGAGUGUAAAUGCUCUCAUUGAGAAUCCCUACUUAAAUAAAGAUAAAGAAAGAAAGAUGUUGAAUUUAUGAUAUAACUUGAUAUAAUGUUUUCUAGUUAAUACUGUAGACCUAAUGUAACCAGCUCAUAGACGUAUAAUUCAGACAGAUUUACUUAUGAGCAAGAAGCAGGUCAUCUGUAAAACAAAACAAAAAACAUAUACAGUAAAUGUAGAAUUUUUCCUAUACAUUGUGUUAUGUUUGAUUUCCUGUGUUGUAUGUUUGCCUUUGUUGACUUAUGUGACACACUUUGGUCGUCUUAAGCUGCAUUUAAAUGUGUUAUAUAAAUAAACCUGAACUGAAUAUUACCUAUUCUGCAUAAAUAGUAGUUUUUGCAUGAACUCCC